AUGAAUCAGUUCAACAGCAGGAUUGAUCUCCCUCCCCAAAAAGCUGUCGGAAGUCAAGUCGGCCCCAUCAGCAUGACCUACUGGCGGGUUGGUUACAACGGGCGAUCGACGUGGAGGAUCUCGGUCGGGGAGAUGAGGGACGAGAGCGAGGAGCCUCUGAAGGUCAUGUCGGAUGGCAAGCUCAAGUACGUCAACGGCUCCUUCUAUGAUGUCGUCUCCUUCCCCCUCAUGAGCAUUCCGGGCCCUGUCUUCACCCUCUGCUCCAUCUCUCGCUACAACGGCGAAAAGAGACACAGAAUCCUGCAAGCUAAAGACCAAAAUUUCGUGCAUGGUCACUGGUACGCAGGACGAGGACAGGCCUACUACGAUGGCUCUUGGAGCCUCCAGCAGGACCUGAGGGCUAAGGGGAUUGCAGACGCGUAG